AUGGCGAACGGAGGGGUGAAGGCGCUGUCAGAAAGUGGUGCAGAACCGCCGCUCGAGUUCGUCCUUCAGGAAGCCGUUUAUCCCUCCGGCGACGCCUCCCGCCGUCGGCCAGCUGACAUCCCCAUCGUCGAUCUCCUCCGUCUUCCUCAUUACGACGACGAGACGGCGAAGCUUCGGUCCGCCAUCGCGACCUGGGGCGCGUUUCAGGUCGCGGAAGCCCUAAAAAAACCUCGUCCAUUCCUUCCUUCUUCCGUGAGCUCGUCCCUGCACUGUGUUGAGAUCUUAUGGAGAUCCUCUUUUUCCAGGCCGCCGGCCAUGGGAUUUCCUUUUCCCUGCUCGAGGACGUGCGCAGCGUCGGAAGGCGAUUCUUCGAGCUGCCGCCGGAGGAAAAGCUGCGGUGUUCUUCCAAGAGUAAGGGUUUCGGCGAAGGUUACGGCCGCGACCAGGUGAAGGCGCAAACCCUAGACUGGUCCGACCGGAUCCUCCUCAAGGUCUACCCCGAGGAUCAGAGGAGCCUCGAGCUUUGGCCUCGCAACCCCACCUCCUUCAGGUAAUCUUCAUCGAUUCCGUUCGUCCCUGGUAGAGAGCGUAGAAAGAGUUCCGCUCUCUGCGCGAAGUACAGAUUGUUUGAGCCUCUUGAAAAACAUUAAAAAUUAGUAUUUCUGUAACUUACUCGGAUGAUUGUAUCUAGAAUUGGGGGAUUGCCGAAUGAUUUCCUUUGUUUCGUAUGAAUGUGGGAUCUUGAGUUCUUCUCCACUUCUCCAUCUCUAAACAAGAAAAAGUUUUCUCUUUUCGUUCUACGGGAUCCAGUUGAGGUGAUUUUCUUCUGUUGACUGUAUCUGCAUCUACAAUUUAUGCCAUCUAAAAACCUUCAUAAACACCCAAGGAAGAAAAAAAAUGCACUGAAAAAAACUUUGAAUCACUUAGAUCUUAAUUCAAGGAUUAUUUACAGAUUUCGGCGGUCGUAGAUAUGAAAGAGAUCAGAUUGUUUCUACUGAUAUUCUCCUGAUUUCCUUCUGCUGUCUGUGUCUUCACCCACCAUUAUGUCGUCUAAAAACCUUUUUUUCCCCGAAAUAAAAAAGAUUUAUGGAAGCAAAAAAUAGGUUUGAGGCACAAAAAUGCACCGAAAAAAACUUUGGAUCACUUUGAAUCACUUAGAAAUCUUAAAUCAAGGAUUAUUUACUGAUUUCGACGGUCGUAGAUAUGUAACAGAUCACAUUGUUUCCACUUAUGUUCCCCUGAUUUUCUUCUGGUGUCUGUGUCUUCAUCUACGUUUAUGUCGUCUAAAAGCCUUUUCUUUUCGAAAUCAAAAAGAUUUAUGGAAGCAAAAGAUGGGUUUGAUACACAAAAAUAAACUCUUGAAUCACCGAACGAUUUAGAAACCUUAAAUCAAGGACUAUGUAUUGAUUUCAACAGUCGUAUACAUCAAACAGAUCACAUAUUAUUUCCACUGAUGAUCAUUGUACUGCAUAAUUGGCGAAUUAAUUAUUUUCUUCUCUCUUCUCAUGGAUGCAGCCAGACGCUACAUGAAUACGUGGCGAAAGUAAACACGGUAGCGCAGCUGAUCAUCGAAGCCAUGGCAAGGUCUAUUGGCCUGGAUGAAACCCACUUCAUCGCCCAGCUUGGCGAGGAGCGAGAAAUAUACUGCAGAUUCUCUUAUUACCCACCUUGCCAGAGGCCUGAUCUUGUUCUCGGGCUCAAACCCCAUUCCGACAACAGUGCGAUCACCAUGAUCUUACAGGACGGGGACGUCGAGGGCCUCGAGCUUCUCUCUGAAGAUGGUGGCUGGGUCAGCGUCCCCUCCAAUCCUGAUGUACUCCUUGUUGUUGUCGGAGAUCUCAUGGAGGUGGGUUGCACCCCUCCCCAAAGUUACAAAGUAUCUUCCCGCCAUUUUCUUCACGCUAAAAUAGAGAGAGAAAGAGAUGGACCUCUCUCUCUCUCUCUCUCUCUCUCUCUCUCUCUCUCUCUCUCUCUCUCUCUCUCUCUCUCUCUCUCUCUCUCUCAUCUCUAAUUAUGUUCCCCUGCAUCAGAUAAUGAGCAAUGGGUCGUUCAAGAGCCCGGUGCACAGAGUGGUCAUCAACUCAAACAAGGACAGGAUCUCCGCGUCCUUGUUCUUUGCCAUGAAGCCCGAGAAGCUUAUCGGACCAGCAGAAGGCCUUCUGAAGGAGGAGGGAAAGCAAAGGCUCUACAGAGAUUUGAUCGUCAAGGACUACCUCGACGCCCACCUCAACGCCUUCGAGGAGGGGAAGCAGGCAAUCAACUGGGCCAGAGUUUGA